GCGUGCGUGCGGCGUUGCGCCUGCGCGUCGCAAGAUGGCGGCGGCCAUGCCCGUUCCUUCUGAGGGAGCGAGUGCGCAGCGCGGCGUCGGGCUUUGGCGAGGCAGGAGCAGCCGCGGCCGCUAGUCGUUUCCGCGCCGCCCGCUCCGGCGGCAGCAGCGGGGCCCGUUGCAGGGCUUGCCCGGCCCAGGAAAGCGGGCCCGGGCUGGGCCGCCCGCCCGCCGCUAGCAUGGAGCCCCCCGGCGCCGUGGCCGGAGGAGGCGGAGGGGGCAGCAACGUGCCGGCCUUCCUCACCAAGCUAUGGACGCUGGUGGAGGACACGGACACGGACGCGCUCAUCUGCUGGAGCCCGAGUGGAAACAGCUUCCAUGUCUUCGACCAAGGCCAGUUUGCCAAGGAGGUCCUUCCCAAGUAUUUCAAACACAACAACAUGGCCAGCUUUGUGCGGCAGCUGAACAUGUACGGUUUCCGGAAGGUGGUUCACAUCGAGCAGGGGGGGCUGGUCAAGCCCGAGAAGGACGACACGGAGUUCCAGCACCCCCACUUCCUCCGAGGCCAGGAGCAUCUCCUGGAGAACAUCAAGAGGAAAGUCACCCACGUAUCCAGCAUAAAGAAUGAAGAUGUUAAGGUCCGCCAGGACAGCAUGACCAAGUUGCUGACCGAUGUCCAACUGAUGAAGGGCAAGCAAGAGAGCAUGGACUCCAAGCUGAUCGCAAUGAAGCACGAGAACGAGGCCCUGUGGCGGGAGGUGGCCACUUUGCGUCAGAAGCACACGCAGCAACAGAAGGUCGUCAAUAAGCUCAUCCAGUUCCUGAUCUCCUUGGUGCAGUCCAAUCGUAUCCUUGGGGUGAAGAGGAAGAUCCCCCUGAUGUUGAACGACGGCAGUUCUCCCCACAGCAUGCCCAAAUACAGCCGGCAGUACUCCUUGGAGCACCUCCACAGCCCCUCCCCCUACUCGGCCUCCCCCCCAGCGUAUGGCGGUCCCAAACUUUACUCUCCAGACUCCGGCCCCAUCAUCUCUGACGUGACCGAACUGGCCCAGUCCAGCCCCUCUCCUUGCCCCAGCAGCAGCAGCUUUGAGGAGGAGAGGAGCAGCCCCGUAGUCCGCAUCAAGGAAGAGCCCCCGAGCCCCUCGUGCAGCCCCUCCGCAGAAGAGGCCAGCCCCCUGGACGCCCCCGUCUCGCCCUCCGCCUUCAUCGACUCCAUCUUCCGAGAGGAGCAGCCCAGCAGCACUUCGGCCACAGCCCCUCCCGGCCACGGCACCCGAGCGCAGCCCCAGGAGAAGUGCCUCAGCGUGGCCUGCCUUGACAAUGUGGGCCGUGCUCCGCAGAUGUCUGAGGUCACCUGCCUUUUCCCCAGCCCUUCCUCCUCCUCCUCUUCCUCUCUGCACUGCAGACCACAGCAAGGGAACGAGCUGAAUGAGCACUUGGAGACCAUCGACUCCAGCCUGGACCACCUGCAGAACAUGCUGACCACCCACAGCUUCAGCGUGGACACCAGCGCCUUGCUGGACCUCUUCAGCCCUUCCAUGGGGGUGACGGACAUGAAUCUGCCAGAUCUGGACAGCAGCCUGGCCAGUAUCCAGGAGCUCCUCUCCUCCCAAGAGCAGCCGAAGGCAACUGAGGGUGAAGACGCCACGGCAGACACAGGCAAACAGUUGGUCCAUUACACGGCCCAGCCCUUGUUCCUGAUGGACUCCAACACGGUGGAUGUGGGCAGCGCAGACGUGCCCAUAUUCUUUGAGCUGGGCGAAGGAGACGGCUUCCCAGAGGGGGAGGACUGCCUGGAGGACCCCGGCCUCCCCCUGCUCUCUGGGACGGAGCCCCCCAAGGACCCCGCGGUCACCUAAGGCCCAGCUCAGCCGGGAAGGCCUGCCUGCCAUGGGGCCGAGCUGCUUUGGGACAAGAGGGGCGCCGCGUGGGGGCUGUUGUGGGCCCAGGGCAGGCACGGCGCUCGGAGGGACGUGACCGUGGCGGCCGGUGGACGUUCGCCUCGACUGCGUGGCCGUCGCUCUCCGGGUCUUGGAAGGCAAAGCCGCCUGUCCGAGAGACUCCGCAGCUCCUCCAGGCAGCCGGCCGAAGGAUGUUGGGGGGCCCUGGGGACCCCCACGAGAAGGUUCCCCCGUCCCCCACCUUUCCCCAGUGGGGUUUAUUUUAUUUCCCUUGGCUUAGCAGUGAAGGGUUUGUACAUUUACAUUUUGAUUGUUACUAGAAAAAAUUGUAUUUUGAAUUUUUACAUCAGAGAAGACGCCAGCCGCCCCCCUUCCUCUCUCUCCCCUCACCAUAUAAAUACCUCUAUAUAUA